AUGACAAAGAACAACACGGCGGUGGAAACGGUUCGAGAGGUGCCGUUAGCGUUGAUGGAACUUAUCGACGAGUUGCUGGGAGCUAAAGUUGCGAUGGAGGGGCGACUGUCGCUUGUGCUCCGAUACUCCGGUAGCAACUACUCGGCGUUGCUGCACUCAGCCCCAGGGGGGAUCUUCCAGAUCUGGCGGUGGAUUCCUCGCAAGCUCUUGUAUGCUCACCAUACUCACCCGAAGCAGAUCAGCCAAAGGUUGGCAGUGAUAGCCCGAUCGCCACGACGACGGACGUCCAGGAGUAUCAUUUAUCAGUUGCCGCCGGCUCCAUCGGAUCUACUAAACUCCCCCAACGACCAAUUUAGAAUUGGUUCUGUAUCACCACCCAGCGGACGAAGGAUCAGAGCGUGGAAGGCAUCAGCUUCAUAA